AUGACACCAAGAGACCACCUAAGAAGCAUGUCAUCAGCUAGUGACCAAGGAAUACUAGAUGACAGGCACUUGUACAGACUAGCCCAUGGCCUUACAGCUGGAGCUGAAUUCUGUCAACGCCAGGAGAUGUUAAUGAGAAAUUCAGUGAUGGCAGUGAACCCGCAAGUAAUGGUUCCAGGACAACAGAGAGUACAAAGAAUUCCACCACAGUUUGAAACUCAGUAUAUUGACAGAGAUAUCAUUCCUUCUGAAAUUAGUAUUCCUCCAGAAGCAAGGCAAAUUCGUACAGGUUCCCACCUUGGAUCAGCACUUCCAUCUAAUGCAAAUAUGCUGCCAACCCGUAUCUACCCUGGCACAGGUUAUGGUUUUCUACAGAGUGGGUCAGACUACACACUGGCCAGACGGCAGGAACUAAUUCAAAAGCAAAACAUUGCAAGAAUGGAGAUGAAUGCCAUCCUCCAGCAGAAGGAAGUGGAAAAUGCCCAGCAGAAAGGACUACUAGCGAUGAAUACAUCUUUCAUUUAUCCUGGCAUUCAAACCAGUUCAACUGCUUUCCAUAGUAGACAAAGGCCAAAUGAGAGCCAAGUACCCAGUGAUGUAUAUCUUCACAGAACAUCCUUUGAAGACCUGCAGAGCAGUCCAUUGUUAAUGUCUGCAAACCCAUACCCACCACCUAGUAUGCUGCAGAGAGACAGAGGACGCAGAGUGGGAAGGAAAGCAAGUAACCAUAAGAAUUUGGAGUACAGCAUGAGUGGGCCUAAGAAUCAGUUGGAUGACAAGAAUACAAGCUGUAUUACUAAAACAGUUGAUGAAGAAAAAGAAAGUGGAGGUGACCCUGAACUGGAAACACUUCUAAAUGACUCUCAACAUGUUAAAAUGGACAAUGAGUUUUCUACUACAGCCACAAAAAGUUCCAAAGAAUAUGAACGUGAUCACCAAAAGACUGAUGACAGCAAUAAAAACUGUGGUGAAUCAGUAGUGUGCAGCAGUUCUGGCAGAUGUGAGAAAGAUGGCAACUUGUGCACAGUCUGUGAUGACAAGUACGUAUACCCUCCAAGUGAAUCACUUCCAGCAGUACCUUACGGAUUUCUGUUAUCUGGAAGUACAGUUCUGUCCCCAGGCACACAUGGCAUGUGUCAGAACAGUACUGAUGCAUCAACAAUGGAAGAUUUUAGGAAAUGGACGGUUGAAGCUGUUUACAAUUUUAUAAACAGCCUUCCAGGCUGUUCAAGUUAUGCACAGGUUUUUAAAGACCAUGCCAUAGAUGGUGAAACUUUACCACUACUUACAGAAGACCACCUUCUGGACACAAUGGGACUGAAACUGGGGCCAGCAUUAAAAAUCCGAUCACAGGUAUCACGACGAUUAGGUAAUAUACUUUACAUGACAGCUCUUCCUUCUCAAUCAGCAUCAGGAAACCAAGGAGGACAAACAUCAGAUAGUAUGUCUCCAGCUGGCAAAAGUAGUCAAGGUGUGAUGUUCAGUCCCCUUUCCGAGGAUACAGAAACAUCAAAAAUAACAGAACCAGCAGUCUCAGGAAGUCCAGAUAUGCAGAUCGAUGCUAUAAACUUGGACUCAACAUUUACAUGA